GGCGCCAAAAUUCGGCAGUCGCGCAUCGGCGCCGCUAUUGACCGGGUGAUUCACCGCACGAGAGGCACUUGCCACUUUCAGACGAUAUUUGGAUAUGUCCCGUUUCGAGUCCGGGCGCCUUCCUGUGAUUCAUGGCUGUUUCGAGUCGAGGUGCCGGUGCCACUGUAGUGUACGCAUGUGCCCGCACUGGCCACUUGUUAACUCCUCGUAAUGUAAUUAAAAAAUAAAACUAAUUCGUUCCUAUUUCAAAUGCGAGUGGAGUGUCGCGCUUUGUGUUGUUUACCAUGGAGUUGCCAGUAUUUUUGUUAGUGUUCUCGUCGGUAUUUAAAAUAUCCCACACGCAAGUGCGUUGCUACAAGUGCGAGCCGCUCAGUAACAACGGCAUCGGGGUGCCUCCGUGCGAGCACUUCGACCACUCGGCGCGGUACCAGGCGACCUGUCCCGACUCCACCGUGUGUCUCAAGAGACGGACGUCCCUGCGACUGGCUGAUGGACAAGAGACCCACAUAGAGGUGCGGGACUGCGCGCCGCAAACCCUCAGCGGGAACCAGGAGAAGGUGGGCCGGAGCUGGCGCCCCGUCAACAGAAUAUACGAGGCGUAUGAAGACUCCUGUACUGAAGACAAGAGCGAGGGUAGACCCACCGUCACCGUCUCUUGUUUCUGCCACGGAGACUUUUGCAAUAGUUCCUGCGCUUUAAGUGUUACGACCUCUUUGGUGGUGAUGUGUUUAGCUAGUCUAUGGUUUGCGUUGCAAGGAGGUUAGUUUGUUUUGGUUAGGUUUAGUUUUCGAAGUCGUGAAGAAUAUUUUUACGUGUACUUAA